CUUCCCGCACAGCCAUGGGCCCGAGAGCAGGUGCCCCGGUGAGCCCAGGCCUCGCCCUCCUCAUGUGGCUCACUGCCCACUGCUCUUGUCCCCAGGCCCAGGGCUUCUCCCAGGGAGGGCUGGAUGCCAGCAGGGCUGACCUGUGGGCCAGUGCCAACGCCUCCCUCCUGCACAGCUUCUGGUGCCAGCCAGCCAGCCAGCUGCCCCGGGACCAGCUUUCUGCGCUCAUCAGGGCGAUGGCGACUCGCCGGGUCUUCCUCAAAGCCUGGCAGCUCAGCUGCCUGGCCAACCUGGCCGCUCUGCACGGCCUUCAGGACGACUUUGAACUCCACCCCCCGGACCUGCUGCUUUUCUACAACCUGACGCAGGUGAGGGAAGCCGACUGCCGGGCCUUCACCCACCGCGCCGCCCAGGGGGACACCGAGCUGCUGGCCAACCUGCCCGACCAGAGGGCCGCCCUGCGGCGUGUGGCCUUGGACUGCCUGGGAGGGCCCCGCUUGCGGCUCAGUGCCUCUGAUCUGCUGCUGCUUGGGGUCCUGGUGUGUGACAUGGACGCGUCCAGCAUCGUGGCCGCGGACCCCCGUGUGCUGCAGAAUCUGCAGCGCUGCCGCCGGCUGACCGCCCCCCAGCAAGCUGCCCUCAACACGCUGCUGGCCGGCGGAGGGACGGUGCUUGGGCCUCCGGGUUCCUGGAACCUAAAGGGGCUGCAGGCUCUGGGACCCCUGGCCACCUACAUCAGCUCCAGCCUGUGGAUGCAGGUGCAACAGGCUGUGGGCCUGGACUUCUUCGGCAGCAUGGUGGCCACGUACCGAGCUGGGCGGCUUAGCCAGCGGGACGCCAGGCGCUUCGUCACAGGCUUUCUCAAGGCCAAGGCCGAGUCGGUGUCUUCUCGGCCCAAGCGGGGCACAGGGAGACCCUGCAUCCGCGGGGACAUCACGGCGGCCACGCUGCACGACGACCUCUUUCUGGUGCACUAUGACUGCGCACAGCUCGGGGCCUGCCUGGGCGGCCGCGCGCUCAAAGCCCACCUGGAGCCCCUGCUGCAGCACCCGCUGCCCGCCGAGUGCCAGCGCGUCGUCAAGGCCAAGCUGGCUCGGGUCUACCCGCGCGGGGUCCCCGAGGAGCAGCUGCGGCUCAUCACCUCGCUGGUCUACCUCUACUCCCGCUCCGAGAUCGGCCAGUGGAACAUCACAUCCAUAGACACCGUUGUGGCCCUGCUGGCCUCCGACGUGGCGCUGGAGAACCAGACUGAGGCUGUGCUACAGAAGUACCUGGACCACAACGGCACCCUCAGCGGCGCCCUGCUCCUGGCCAUCGGGGGCUCCCGCCUCUGCUGGAUGAGCGCCAGGCAGAUCCAGGCCAUCAGGCCCUCGGAGUUCCGGCUGGCCGGGGCCCUGGAUAUCUCCUCCUGCCCUCAGAGCCGGAAAGACGUGCUCUACGCCAAGGCCCGGGAGGCCUUCGGCGGCACAGGGACCACGGCUGCCUACUACCACUUCAUGCGUCCUUACCUCGGCGGUGCCCCCGUGGAGGAGCUGCGACAUCUGGUCCAGGCCAACGUCUCUAUGGACAUCGACACCUUCACCAACCUGAACCCCCGUGUGCUGCAGAACCUGACGGUCAGCAACGUGACGACGCUGCUGGGCCAGAACGUGGGGGACCUGCAGAAGGCACGGAGCCACCCCACCAUCAGCUCUUGGCUGCGCAGCCUGAACAGGUCGGCCCUGGGCGAGCUGGGCCUGGACGCGGACCCUGCUGGCCUCAGGGGCCCAGGCCGCCCCACCACUGCGACCCCCACCACCACACCCCAGGGACCCUAUCCAGCUCCGACAUCAGGCCGUCCCGGGAUCGACGCCCCCACCUCCGGCAGCCCACCAGCCCGCCUGGGGUAUCUGCCCCUCGCGGUGGCCCUGCCCUCUGGCCUCCUAUGGCUGCUGUACUGGGGCACCCCAGGGCUCCGCCAGGAUCGCUCCUGGGGCACCCGCACUAUGGCCUCUGAAGAUGGCGCUGGCCCAGCACCACGUGCAGGGAAACCGGGGCCGGUAGGUGGAGGUGGCCAUGUCCCGUAUCCUGGGGGCCUGCAGGGCUGCCCCCCACCCACAUCCAGCUCCCGGGACACAGAGCUGGAAUGAGGACCUGGGCCCCCUCCAAGGCCAGCCCUGAACCAUUGACGCUUCCCCGGGCCACUGAUCUCCCUUGGGGUGCUGCGGGGGAGGGGCGUCACUGAGGGAAUCGAAUAAAAGACAAGGUGAUCUUCC